AUGUGCGAAUCGACGGAGGAGGGCUUCGUAAGCGGCGAGUGGCUGUCGCAAGAGUUGCGCCGUCAGGCCGAACGACUCCUCGUGCUCGACUGUCGGGCCGGUGCCGAUUACGCUGAGAGCCACGUUCGAGGCUCGGUCGCCCUUGCCGUACCAAGCAUAAUGCUGAGGCGGCUAGCUGCCGGCAAGGUCGAGCUUCUCUCGACGAUCAAGUGCCUCGAGCUGAGGUCGCGGGUCGAGGUAUUACUAGGGGCCGAGGGCGGGGCCGAAACCGAGGCCGAGGCCGAGGCCGAGGCUGAAGCCGAAGCCGAAACCGAGAGAAGGGGCCGCUUCAUCCUGGUGGGCGAUUCCACGGAACCAGCUGGACACCAGGGAGAGACCAUUCACGUGCUCAUGCGGAGACUGAGAAGCUGCGGCGCCCAAGUAGCCACGCUCGAAGGUGGAUUUGGAACAUUUCGAGAUAGAUAUCCAGAAUGGUGCGAAGGCAGUCAGAACUGCAAUGAAGGACCAACAAACACCGAGACAAACGAAGGAGAAUUAAUGGGUCUUCGAUCCCUUAGAAUAUCCACACCAUCAACGAGAGCAUAUUCUGAUUCGGACAGCGAUAGCACCUGUGAUUCCAUAGGCCCGGAAGACGAUAAGGACUUCCCAGUGGAAAUCCUGCCGCACUUGUACCUCGGCAAUGCUGCCAACAGCGAAGACAGCGAAGCGCUAAAUCGUCACAGGAUACAGUACAUCCUCAAUGUCACACCAGACUUACCCAAUGUCUUCGAAGGCACUGGAUCUAUUAAGUAUAUGCAAAUACCGAUAAGCGACCACUGGAGUCAGAACUUAGCUAGUUUCUUCCCUCAGGCUAUACAAUUUAUCGAGGAAGCACGCAAUUCGGACAAGGGUGUUCUGGUGCACUGCCUUGCAGGAAUAUCUCGCUCGGUGACGAUAACCGUAGCGUACCUCAUGCACAAGUGCAGCCUCAGCCUCAACGACGCAUUCAACCUCGUACGCAGCCGUAAGUCCAACAUCGCGCCUAACUUUCAUUUCAUGCAACAGUUGCACAGCUUCGAAACCGAACUCAGAGAGCACCGGGACCGAGGACUGAAGAACUCUGUGGGGACCGAGCAACGCUGCAUCGGGAUCUGCAGGGCCGGAACCGGCUGCUCCUGCCCAACUGCGACGAGCUUCCUUAGUCCGGUUGACCUAGGCCUCAGCCCAGACUCGGGCAUCGAGUUCGACAGGUGGGCGGCGAGUACACCGGCGGAAUGAGACGGGCCCGGGGGGACCCAGUACAACUUUUGAAAUACAAGGUCACCCCCGACGAUCUGUCAUACGGCUCGAUAGGAGGGUUAGGGACCAACUCCGACGCCCUUCACUUCCUGCUCUCACUGCUUUCCUUCUGUCUUCCUUCGUUCGAUCAAAAGAGACCAACGACGCGUUCAGUUCUCGUCAGCCUCUUUUAAUGAUGCCGGCCUUUUAUAUGUAACCCAAACGAAACGAUAAAAUCCGCGUAAAAAAUUAAUCGCUAGAAAAUCGUU